UCUUAAUAUAGAUACGAACUAUUAUCAAAAACAAAUUUAUUAAUUUUCUUUCAUUCUCCCUAGACUUCUAACAUGUCAUGGAUGUUCUUAUUUACUUUUCCUUUAUGACUGCUGUGGUUGCGGGAAACCAACAUACCAACCAAACAGACAUUGACGCCUCAAGGAAUGGUUCUACCGGCAUCAUAACCUCUCCAGGUUAUCCUGGAAAUUAUCCAAACAAUGUUGCCUACACAUGGACACUAAAAACAGGAAAUCUUAAUGCCACUGUCUCAUUUAACUUUCAAGACUUCGACAUCAUAAAGUACCGGUACACUCCACAUUGUCAGGAUUAUUUACAGAUAUAUGAAACAGAACCGUGUUGCUUUAAGGCCAUGCAUAGAUGCGAUAAAUAUAAACCUGUCAGUCUGACAGUUCGUGGAAGCGUCAUAACCAUUACCUUUGAGUCUGAUAACUUGCACAACAGCAAGGGAUUUCAUUUGACAUGGACAGUAUAUAUACCUAGAACACCCGCGGUGAGUACAACUUCUUUAUGGACCUCAAAAAUACAAACGAAGUCCUCAGCUAAAAUCUCCUAUACGACUGGACCAAAGAUAUUGGGUACAACAGACCCUGAGAUACCGAUAUCAAAAACAGAAAAUAUCAUCGGAACAAGCUUAAAUAUACCUAAAACACCCGCGAUGAGUAAAGCCUCGUUAUGGACAUCAAAAAUACAAACGAUAACUUCAAUUAACAUCACGUUUACAACAAGACACAAGAAAUUGGAUACAACAGAUUCUGGCACACCUACUACAAAAUCGGGGAAAGUUAAAUAUACAAGACCAAAAAUGGCUUCACAUAAACAAAAUACAUACACGACUGACACAGCUAGGAAGACCAGCACAUUGAAACAAACAAAAUUAACCACUCAACAACAAAACUCCACAACAGUAUAUUUAGUCGCUGGGAUCGGCGUUGUAGAACUAACAUUGGUUGCCUUGGCGAUAUACAUUGUAAAACAAAGACGGUCAAACAUGAGUGGUGGGCAAAAUGCCAAGGAUAAAAUCCACCCUGUCUCACGCAAAUCAGUGGUCAGUGUUGGAAAUGUCUACGAAAGUAUUCCUUUGGAACACUUCUCGAUUAAAGACGCCAUACCGGAAGAAGAUGAGGACGUGUAUACCGAAGUGUCGGAACAUGUGUACGACAAAACCUUUGAACACAGACCACAUGUUAACGUCAAUCCCAACUUGUACCAGCUGUUAUCAGAACUGAAAACAAAAAACAGAUAAAAACCAGAUUUUUAGUUAAUGUAUAGAUAUGUUUUCUAUAACCUUGUCCAUGGUUUACGCAUCUAUACACACU